AUGAAGCCAAAUGGGGCCACCGCCAAGCCCGCUGCCGCCGCAGCCGCCGCCAACCAGACAGCAACCAAAACCCAGCUUUACAACCCCAUGCGCCACCCCUACCGUCCCAACCCUGCCGCCCACACCCUCCGCAGACGACGCUUCAGCUGCCGCCGUUGCUUCUGCCUCACUUGCUUCUGGUCCACUAUCCUUCUCAUUGCUAUUCUCCUCCUCGCCGCCAUUGCCGCCGCUGCCUUCUACGUGCUCUACCACCCCCACCGCCCUGCAUUCUCCGUCACCUCCCUGAAAAUCUCCCAGUUCAACCUCACCACCACAACCUCAGACGGCACAACCCACUUAACAACUCAACUAAACCUUACUCUAUCCGCCAAAAACCCCAACACAAAAGUGAUAUUCUACUACGAUCCCAUGUCCAUCACAGUGUCAUCUAAUCAAGUUACCAUAUCAUCUGGUUCUUUCAAAAAUUUCACCAAUUCGCCGGACACCAUUUUCAUAAUUCACACCAUAACUGGAUUAAACUACCAAUUAUUAGACGGGGACGAAUCGAAUUCAUUGACAUCAGAUCUGAAGAAGAGAAAUGGGAUCCCAUUACAGAUUGUGGUGGACACGAUGAUAGGGGUGAAAAUGGAAAAGCUGAAAACGAAAAAGAUCGGGAUUAGGGUCAAGUGUGAUGGCAUUCGUGGUUUUCCUACAAUUUCAAUCAACCAACGAAAUUUCCGCCACCGCCAACGUGCGGAUAGAUUGGAAGGAGAGGCCGGAGGCCCAUGUUUUCAAAGCCGAUCUUCCGGGACUGAAGAAAGAAGAGGUGAAGUAGAGGUGGAGGACGGUAGGGUUGUGCAAAUCAGCGGUGAAAGGACGGUGAAAAAGGAAGACGAGAAUGAUAAAUGGCAUCGGAUUGAGAGAGGAAGAGGCAAAUUUCUUAGGAACUCCUAUUUAUCGAAAAAUGUUAAAACUGAUGAAGUGAAGGCAACUAUGGAGAAUGGUGUUCUUACUGUAACUGUUCCUAAGCAGGAGGUAAAGAAACCUGAGGCCAAGACUAUUGAAAUCACUGGCUGA